AUGGAAAAGGUCUCCCAGGAAAGCAUAGGAGAAAAGCAGGCUGCAGUGCAGAAUGCAGAAGAAGCCCAUCCUUUGGGAAGUGGUGAAGGCCAGGAGCUUGGAGGAAAUAUUAGAACAGGUUGGGCCUCACCUGCCCAUGAUGUUAGACAGGAUAUGCCCAAUAGGCUUGUCAGUAACCUUGAUAUGAUAGAUGGAGUUGCUGAUGAUAUGGAACGGUUCAUGGAGGAGAUGAGAGAGAUAAGGAGGAAAAUUAGGGAGCUUCAUUUGAGGUACAGUUUGCACAUUCUUAUAGGACAUCCCCCUCAUCCUGACUAUCGUGAUGAGUUUUAUCUUCUGCCUUGA